UUGAGCUGUCAGCAGCUGCAGUAACACACCCCGGGAGCACCGAGAGGCACCGGGCGCAGCAGCCAGCAGACAUGCUCACCGACAGUGCUGUGGAGGAGUUUGACAUCAAGGAGGAUGAGCCCUGGUAUGACCACCAGGAUCUUCAGCAAGAUUUGCAGCUUGCUGCCGAGCUGGGGAAGACCCUCCUGGAUCGUAACACAGAGCUGGAGGAGUCGCUGCAGCAGAUGUAUGUUACCAAUCAGGAGCAGAUCCAGGAGAUUGAAUACCUUACCAAGCAGGUGGACCUGUUACGGCAGAUGAACGAGCAGCAUGCCAAGGUGUACGAGCAGCUGGAUAUCUCAGCUAGGGAUCUGGAGGAGGCCAAUCAGAAGCUAGUGCUGGAGAGUCGCUUGUCGCAGCAAAAGAUAACGAGGUUCACAGAGACAAUAGAAGGUUUGCAGGCUCAUGUUGACGGCCUUCAGAAGCAGGUGGAAGAGCUGAAGAAGCCCGGAAGACUGUGUCGGAAUCGAGAGAGAUUUGAGCAGUCCAGAUCCACACAAAGCGUCUCUUGUUUGAAAGAGCUGUACGACCUGCGCAAGUAUUUUGUGUAUGAUCAUAUUUUUGCUGAGAAAAUCACCUCUGUGCACUCUCAGACAGGCGCUCUUGAAGAGGAAAAUGACUGUUUGAAGAAGACAUUAUCCGUUCUAGAAGCUCAGCUAAGCCUCGAGCAGAAGAAACGAGCAACCCUGGAAGAGGAACAUAAACAAGUACUUACCGAAAAUGCUGAGCUGGAGAACAUACUGCAAGAACAAAGCUCCUAUCACACAAGGGCAGAAGAACUGGAGGCAGAGGUGGCAGAGAUGCGCCAGAUAUGUCGGACGGAGAACGUUUUUGCUAGCAAUGUGGAAAAGCUGAUUCCAGAGUCCAUAUUCAUCUCUUUCAAGGAGACUCCAGAUAAGGAAGAUCACGCAGCUGUUCUAGAACUUCCUGAUGUGGAGAAAAAACCUCUUAAGAGAAGUAACAGUGAGCGUCUCUUGACAACUGUUGCUACGGAAAUCAUUUUGAACGGUCAUGAAGAAACUUGCAUUAGGAGGACUGAAGCUGUAAAACAAAGAGGCAUUUCUCUGCUUAAUGAGGUAGAUGCACAAUACAGCGCUUUAAAGGUUAAAUACGAAGAGCUGCUCCAGAAAUGCCAACAGGAGGAAGAGUGUAUCAGUCACAAGUCUGUCCAGACAUCAAAGCCUGCCCUGGACCUCUCGCCAAUGGAUUCCAGCCGAGGAGGUUCCGCCACGAGGCACCAGGCCAGUCCUAACGUAACAACACAACCAGAAUACAAGGUGCUAUUUGAGGAAAUAUUUAGCUGCAUCAAAAGAACCAAAGAAGAGAUAAAUGAACAAAGAACAAAAUAUAAAAGUAUUUCUAACAGCUAAAGCCACCAGUAUUAUUGAACUUUUGCCCUCAAAAGCAUUUGUUUGAAAAAUAUAAAUAUCUGUCUCAAAUUUUUUUUUUUUUGUAAUAUUUAAUUUUUUUAUGUUUAUUUUUUUUAUUAUUUUUGCAAGGAAAAUCAGAGACUUGCUAAUAUAUCGCUACCUCACUGGCCUGUUGUGUAUGCUACGAAACGCGUAACACUUCUGUUAAAGGGACGUGAUAUUAAAAUGGUUUCUAUCAAGCACAUGAAAGAGGGGACAUUAAAUAUGUUAUUUAUUUAUCCCUGAAAAGUCAGAAUGUAACUAAGAGAGCAUGCAUGUACUCAAGUAUUCAUGCUCACUCGUUGAUAUGGACAUAUGCCACAGCUUGACUGGUGGAGAGAGAGAGAGUUCCACAAGCUUUACAAGAAAAAGAUUUGGUUUAUUCAGCACACAAAUAUCAACUCAAAAUAGCCUUUAUACAUUUUGAAAUACUAAUUUUUAGUUCAGUUUUGAGAAAAUCUGUGUCCACCAAGCUUGUUUCUCAGCAAAGCUUUAACACUCUCAUUGCCAGUUGGGCCUGCAAUUACUGUGGGGGUUUUUUGCAUUUGUAUAAUAAGAAGAAAAAAAAUCCACAAAACAACCAACACUAAUUGUGUUGUGCAUUAUAUUUUUCAUUAUUUCCUAGGCCUACUGCUAUACCAGGUACCAAGGUUGUGGAACGCAGUUAUCUUGUAUUACUGGAGAAAACAACUUUUAGCUGCUUGGGAUAAAUAUACUGUGAAUGAUGUUUAUCCUUCAAUGACCAAAUCUAUUUGUUUCAGGUCAUGCUAUAUGAGGUUAGCAUUAAUAUUAUUAUUAUCCGUUAUUUGUAGAGCGCCAACAGAUUUGGCAGCGCUAAUAUAGUGUAAUAUAGCAUUAAUAUAUAAAACUGAUGUUUUUGGAAAUGGCAGGGGGAAAAAAAUGUAAUCUAUUGGAUUAUCUAAGUGUUAAACCUGCUUAGAGCAUUGCACUUGUGAGCAAUAUUCUAUUUUUUUAUUUGUUACAGAGUUUAUAAAAAGGAUUUGUAUCCCUUAUAUAAAAUACCCAUUCUAACUGCAAGUUGUUUCCUUGCAAAACAGCUUAUUUUGUGUGUUGUUAAACCGAAAAUGUUAAAUUCAUUACAAAUUACUUUUUUUUUUAAAUCCCAUUGAUGGGACAUGAUACCCAAAUUUUGAAGCACUAGAAAGUGAUGCAGCAUAGCUGUAAAAAGCUGACCAGAAAAUAUAUCACCUGAAUGUCUCUAUGUAAAAAAAGACACCUAUUUUACCUCAAAAUAUCCUAAGGAUUCACACUCCACAGUAAAGAGUCUUUAAGCAGCCAAUCAGGAUGCUAGCCCCAGGACUUGCAAGGAAGAGUGCAUCUGGCAUGUGCAGACAGUCCUGUUAUUUCCUAUUCAGUUUAAGGAAGUUUACUAUGAAAUAUCACGCAAUUUCAGUGAAAUCUCAUGAGAUCACCGCAAAGCAAUACAUGACCUCAGCUGGUUUUUUUAGUUUUUUAAACUUGCAGCUGAAGUAUAACUGUUCACAGAGCACUUACUCUGAUGAGCUGAAGAAAUUGAGGUAAAAUAUCUCCCUUUUUUUUUCAUAGAGAUGCUCAGGUGAUAUUUUCUUGUCAGAUUUUUACAGUUCUGCUGCAUCACUUUAAAGUGCUUUAGCAUACGAGUAUUAUGUCCCAUUUAAGAUAAACAUUUAUUAUAAUAAUAGAUAAUAUGCAGCUGUGAAACUAUAGAAUAAUCCUAUAGAAAAGCUCGGAAUGGACACUUUGCAUUAAAGGGAUGUAAAACCUUAAAAAAAAAUGUGCUUCCUUCUCUUGUUAUCCUUUGUUGAAUGAGCCAAUGACAAGGGGCAUAUAUGUCCAGGUAGCUCCCAUGUGCAUUGCUGAUCCUGAGCCUAACUAGGUAUGCUUUUCAACAAAGGCUACCAAAUGAACAAAGCAAGUCAGACUAUAAAAGUAAAUUGGAAAGUUGUUUAAAAUGACAUGCUCUAUCCGAAUCUAGAAAUGUUCAUUUUGACUGUAGUUUCCAUUUAAGUAACACAAAUUUUACAUAGAACUUCAUAACUAAUUACAAUAUGGAGUCAACCACAUAAUGUGAGGAGGAGAGACAGCUGCAGAGAUAUCUAGAUAUAUAUAUAGAUAUACACACAUUUUUUUUCUUUUGUCUAGCUUGAAGAAACUUGAGAUUUCGGAUGAGAAAACAGCAGUAAAUGAUUAAUGCUCAUCUCAUUGUUUAUUAUUUUGCAAAGAAGCAAAAUCUCAUUUUUGUUUAAUCAUUUCACUGCUAUUCUAUCUGUUGUUUGACUUUUAACUGGCAAAUCUGAAUACUGCAAAUCAAAGCUAUGUAACUUGAUAUCAUUUCAUAAGCAAAGACGCACAAAACUGGCUGCCAGACAUCAUCAUUAGUUUGGGUGUUAAUAGAUUGAAAAAAACCUUUGCCUUUAGCUGAAAGUAUAGAUUAUUAGUAAUAGGCCAUAAUUACUGUACCACAUUGUGUUUUUAUAAUGCUGAACUGUACAACUAAAGGCCAAGCACAAGACUGUACACAAAGGUUCUCACUUAAAGGGACACUAAACGCAAAAAAUGUCUUUCAUAAUUCAGGUAGAGAAUAACAUUUUAAACAACAUCCCAAUUUACUUCUGUUAUCUAAUUUGCUUCAUUAUUUAGAUAUCCUUUGUGGAAGAAAUAGCAAUGCACAUGGGUGAGCCAAUCGUAUGAAGCAUCUAUGUGCAGCAACCAAUAAGCAGUUACUGAGCCUAUCUAGAUAUGCUUUUCAGCAAAGGAUAUCAAGAGAAUGAAGCUAAUUAGAUAAUAGACGUAAAUUAGAAAGUUGUUUAAAACUGCAUGCUCUUUAUAAAUUAUGAAAGAAAAAAAAAAUGUGGGUUUCAUGUCCCUUUUAAAUGAUGAAUUCAAACAAAAUGAAGACCUUAUAGCGAGACAGUAGCCUUGAGCUGGGAAACUUUCUGAUUGGUGUAAUAUGCAAACUAAAGCAGAAAUGUGCGCUUCCUGUAUCAUACAAAGCCAUUGUCUGGUCUGUAGCGGUUCUGGUUAGGAAUUUCGCUCCCAUGGCUACAAUGUGUCUGCAGCCGUGUCUCCUGCACAGCUGGGGAGGCAAAUUCACAUUAACCUUUUGGACGCGAGACAGAGCAUGCAAUUAUAAAUGACUGUACCCUUCACCAUCUGGGACAGUCUCGCACUGCGGUGUAGAUCUCUGUAUUCUCAAAUCAUUUGUGGAAGAAUUUAAAAGCAACAUUGAAUGCGGUUUGUAACACCGUAUAAAGUUUUUGUUCAGAAUUCUCAGACAUGCAACACAUCCUGUAGCUGUACAGGACAUUAUAAGGAUCUACUCUACAGGUGCUGUUUUGCAAUCGUCUCGCUUAUCUCAGUAAAAGGCGCUUUUCCCAAAAUCCUUUUUAAACAGCGCACAAACGCGUUAGGGUGACCUGAUGUGGUAAUGCCCAUAUACCAGGAAAGGUAGAAUUAGCCAGAAAUUGAACGAGCUAUUUUAAGUGGUUAUAUUAUAUAUAUAUAUAUAUAUAUAUAUAUAUAUAUAUACAUACAUAGUAUAUAUGAAGACAUUGCCCUGUAAAAGAUUUACAUGCUUUUAAAACUAAUUUUGUUUAGCAGUUUUUUGCAAAUCCAGAGGCGGCCAGUGAUACAUCCCCUGAAAAGCCAGUUUCUUACGUUUACCUGGUCACCUAUCUUGGAACCAAUCAGAGGCUGUAUAUGAAUGAGCUUGUGCACUGCCUGAGCUUACUGCUUAGAGAGCAAUUCUAUACAACCUGCAUCUUCAUCUUAUUUUUUUUAAACUAAACCCUUUGAGUAGAGACUUAAUUUUGAGUUUAAUACCUCUCUAUAAUACCUUUUUGACCUCACUAUAUAUAAUUAACUUUUUUUUUUUGUCUUUGUGGUUAGGAUUGAGACGGAAUUAAUAAUUUUAUAUUAAAUGUGUGGCUUACACGUUCCACUACUGUUGGGAUGUUUUUCUUUUUAAGGUUCCCAGAAGUUGUUACUGUGACCACCACUUUUUAUUAUUAAGGAUUUGUUUGAUCUCGUUAUUAGUAUUGUUUAAUCUAGAAGUUUGUUUAGUCUCUUGCAUCAGAGAAGCAAUUGUCAUUUAUGCUUCACAGAUUAAGACCUCUCAUAUUCAGCUAAAAUGACAAAUCUUAUGAGAUCAGAAUGUGCUCAACAAAUAAAAGGAAUCUUCUAUUAGAAUUUAGAUAAUUAUCUUACAAAACUGUAACCAUGAAGAAAUGUGCUUGUAAGUUAAUUAUUCAUUGGCUAAAGUAAAUACUACAUUUUAUUAUUGAAAAUGUAUUCCCUAAGACUAUAUUUACCAAAAAAAAAUAUUUAUUUAUACAAGUAUUGCUGUUUUUACAUAUAUAUUUUUUUUAACUUUAAAAUGCUUAAUUGAUUUUCUCAGUAUUGAUAGUUGGUAAUUGUAAAGUUUAUUAUUUUAAAACACAGUAUAUAAAAAUUUUUUUUUUUAAAAAGUGUCACUUUAAUUCAUUGAAAUAUUUAAAAGGCCUUCCUUUAUAAAAUAUUUACCAUUUAGAGAUGGUAAACAUCACGCCGUUCCUCCGCCCACAUGGAAUACUUGAUUUAGCUGAGUGAUGACGAAUCCGGCUUCAUCCAAUCGUUGCGUGUUCCACGAGCUGGACGCCAAAUAAAGUAUUCGAUGUGGUCGGAGGAACGGCGUGAUGUUUACCAUCUCUAAAUGGUAAAUAAUUUUACAAAGGAAGCCCCUUUAAAUAUUUUAAUGAAUUAAAGUGCCACUAUUUUUUUUAUAAAUUUCAUAUACCGUGUUUUAAAAUAAUAAACUUUACCAUCACUUUAAAGCUCUUUAAAAACAGUUUAAACCCAACUUUGUAUUAGAAACCUCCAUAAUUUCAAGUCUCAUUUGUCAACAAAAGCUUUAAAGGUGCAAUCUACUGCAAAAAUAAAAUCCAGCUGGUGAUUGGCUGCUACAUGCGUAUCUAUCUCCCAAUUGGUUCACCAGUUUUGUUUCGUUUUAACUCCCACAACAGGACUUUAGCUAUAGGUCAAAUAGUUACUUAGCACUUGAAAGUAAUACAAACAUGACAUGCUCUUAAUUAGAUUUUAGUUUUGUAAUAGAAUAUUUCUUUAAAAUGAAGGUUAGAAGUAUUUGUAAAAUCUAACAUUGUAGUACAGGUUCCCUAAUAUCAUAUGAGUAAUAUUUCAAAGAAUAUUAUACAUUUGGGGGAAAUACUUCUUUGAUUAUUCUUUUUUAAUGUCAUAUACUUAAUUAAACUAGGAUGGUUGAAAUGCAAGUUUAUAUGAUACAGUUAAUAUAAGGAAUAGGGAAGAAGUAUGUGCAGUAUCUUAAAGGUAAAGUGGAAUGUGACCAUGUUUGUAGACCGGUUAUGGGUAAUAUGUGUUUAUGGGUAUCAGGAUUGUCACUGUGAAUACAUAUUCACCAACGUUUUGUGCAUUUAUAGUUUAACCCUUUAAGGACACAGCUUUCAGUUUGCUCAAUUGUUUUAUGACGGAAUAAUUCCGUCAUAUGUCCUUAAGAGGUUAAACAUUUCUAGAAGUAUUUAAUAACUGAUCGAUCAGACAUAUAUUGUUUUAUGUGGACAAUUAAAGUCACAGUUUAAAGGCAAAAAUGAUCAUGUCUGAUAUAGUUAGACACAAUAUAAAUGUAGUUGUAUCCGUUUUACAUGAAUGUAGGCAGUUGGAGAGGUUUCUAUUGGAGGCUGAAUUACUUGCAAACCAUUGUUUGUUUAUUCUGAUGCAAUUUGAAUUUGUUAUAUAACGUAUUUCUUUGUCAGAAUGCUUAAAGGGACACAGAACCCAAUUUUUUUCUUUUGUGAUUCAGAUAGAGCAUGCAAUUUUAAGCAACUUUCUAAUUUACUCCCAUUAUCAAAUUUUCUUCUUUCUUUUGGUAUGUUUAUUUGAAAAGCAAGAAUGUAAGUUUAGAUGCCGGCCCAUUUUUGGUGAUGGUGAACAACCUGGGUUGUCCUUGCGGAUUGGACAGCACCAAUAAACAAGUGCUGUCUAUGGUUCUGAACCAAACAUUUGCUGGCUCUUUAGCUGCCUUCUUUUUCAAAUAAAGAUAGCAACAGAACGAAGAAAAAUUGAUAAUAGAAGUAAAUUAGAAAGUUGCUUAAAAUUGCAUGCUCUAUCUAAAUCAUGAAAGAAAAAAAAUUGGGUUUAGUGUCCCUUUAAAGGAAUAAAGUAACAAAGUUCACGGUUUUGUUAUUUUGGGUACCUCUGCAGCUUUUAAGGGGCUGAGCCAUCUGUAUCCUGUAGUAGCUGUGUCACAAGUGAAAGUUCAGGUUUUAACCCUUUAAUAGUAGAGGUUAAAUACCCUUUGUCCAAUAGAGCAGUACACUUGUUGACUAUUCUGUCCCUUUAAGCUGAGCGCUUGUAUAUCGGUAUAUACAAAUGUAAUUUCUGAGCACUUAACUUAUGCUAAUAUGAUUUUUUUUCAUUCUGUAUCAACUGAAUAAAGUGAUCUUGUUCUUCA